ACAAUAAAGUUUAGAGCUGGACGCUUGCAGGCAGUAGCGCAAAAGGAGACCGCUGCGCUUCUCCACACGGAGAUACUAACGAGAAACCACGCAAGGAGGACCGCGGGAUUUAUACUAACGUGGAGGUUUAAAAAAAAACAAAAAAAAAAAAAAUAUUUGAUGCACCUAUUUAUUUUAAGUGAAGGACACUUUGAUUACGCACAGGUUCGCAAUGAUUCACUGCUUGCUUUCGAUAUUUUGAAUCUAUUGAAUGGCUCGGAGUUGGAUAUUAAAGCCUCCGAAACGCACGGACUACACGCGCUCCGCUCCUGCUGGACUAUAAACACGAGCUCCGGUUUCCAGGGCGACCCAAACCGAAAACUUUUCCUUUUCUUUGGGCGAUCUGAGGAGGAUAAUAACUGUGCCAACAUUUCCAGAGGGCAGCCGCGCAGCCCGCCGGGAUGAUGGUGUCUCUCAGCGGGGCAGCCUUGCUCGUCUUGUCCGGGCUGGUCGGUCCGCUCUGCGUGGCGCAGGCUUUCGGCGACGAGGUGGAGGAAAUGACCUGCGACCCGAUCCGCAUCAGCAUGUGCCAGGGUCUCGGCUACAACGUCACCAAGAUGCCCAAUCUGGUCGGCAACGUGCUGCAGUCGGACGCAGAGCUGCAGCUGACCACGUUCACGCCGCUCAUACAGUACGGCUGCUCCAGUCAACUCAAGUUCUUCCUGUGCUCGGUCUAUGUACCAAUGUGCACAGACAAGGUUCCCAUCCCUAUUGGUCCGUGCGGUAGCAUGUGUCUUUCUGUGAAGAGAAAAUGCCUCCCAGUGCUCCACGAGUUUGGCUUCAUUUGGCCAGAGGUGCUUAACUGCAGCCUCUUCCCACCUCAAAACGACCACAACCACAUGUGUAUGGAGGGUCCAGGGGACGAGGACCCACCCUACCAGCCCGUCCGCCAUCCUCCCCACCAGGAGGAGUGUCAGGCCCUGGGAUCUGCACCUGACCAGUACACCUGGUUGAAACAGACAGAGACCUGCACACUCCAGUGCGGCUACGACAGCGGGCUCUACCGACGAGGAGCUAAAGUUUUCACGGACGCGUGGAUGGCCGUGUGGGCCGUGCUGUGCUUCCUGUCGACCACUCUGACGGUCCUGACCUUUCUGUUGGACUCACAGCGCUUUUCCUACCCUGAAAGGCCCAUCAUCUUCCUCUCUAUGUGCUGUAAUCUGUACAGUGUUGCCUACCUGGUGCGGUUGACUCUGGGAAGGGAGCGUGUUUCCUGUGACCUGGAUGCCGCGGCAGUACCGAUUUUAGUCCAAGAAGGGUUAAAGAGCACCGGUUGUGCCAUAGUCUUCCUCCUGCUCUAUUUCUUUGGCAUGGCUUCCUCACUCUGGUGGGUGAUCCUGACCCUCACCUGGUUCUUGGCUGCUGGACUGAAGUGGGGCCACGAGGCUAUUGAAAUGCACAGCUCCUACUUCCACAUAGCAGCCUGGGCCAUCCCAGCUGUUAAAACUAUUGUCAUCCUCAUAAUGAGACUAGUGGAUGCAGACGACCUGACGGGACUCUGCUAUGUUGGCAACCAGCAGCAGGAGGCACUCACAGGCUUUGUGGUGGCACCACUAGCCACAUACCUUCUAAUAGGCACUCUGUUCAUCUGUGCUGGCCUAGUGGCCCUUUUCAAGAUCCGCUCCAAUCUGCAGAAGGACGGCGCCAAAACAGACAAGCUGGAGCGUUUAAUGGUGAAGAUUGGAGUGUUUUCUGUUCUCUACACCGUCCCAGCAUCCACUGUCAUUGGCUGCUACCUCUACCAGCUCUCUCACUGGGGGGAGUUCAGGGCCAGUCCUCGAGACUCAUAUGUGGCAUCGGAGAUGCUACGAAUCUUCAUGUCACUGCUUGUAGGCAUCACAUCAGGCAUGUGGAUCUGGUCAGCAAAAACACUCCACACCUGGCAGCGCUGCUCCGCCCGCCUGCUCAGGGACAGCAGGGCAAGCCGAGGGGGCAAGAGGGCCCCGGGCGAGGGCUGGAUCAAACCUGGGAAAGGCAACGAGACAGUGGUGUGAGGAGAAAGUACAGGAAUGGACUUCUACCUGCUCCUCUCUCACAAACUGACUCUGCCAAAGGAAAGAUGGAGUGGGCAGAGAAGAGAGAUGAGAGGGAGAUGAGCAAUGUGGCAAAGGAGCGAAGCAGGAGUUUCUCAAGGAAGCCACUGGAUGUAAUGGCAUCAUUAAAGCUCGCUGAGAGUCUGUAAGCAUGCCUCAUCCCCCUCUAACCGGUCCUGUGCCUCUUAAGUGGAGGAUUGGGUCGAACACAAGUAGCAACAGUAGCCUCUCUACCUCUGUUAGACUUCUUUUGCCCAGAGAAACAGAGAAAGCAAAAAAUGAAGGAGUAAGAGAGACGGGAAAGGCAGAACAGAAGCAUCGAUAUGCAGACAGAUACACCAAUAAGCUGUGUAGCACGACGUCUACCUCUCUGUCUCUCUUUUCUCCAGAGCCCUCAGCAGGAAGAGACAGAACCUGCUGGAUACAGUAAUCCUUAUACCAUUGUGUCUUUUAAGGGUCUUUUGAAGUUUUGAAUUUUACACUGGAGGGUCCUGGUGCAGAUAUUAUACAGAUGUAGGUUGACGUUUCCCAAAAGCAUCUGGCAACUGAAGUUCUCAUAGGUUCUCAUGUCCAUACGGGAAGAUAAAAAACAAAACAAUUAAACACCAGACCAAAAGUAAUUAAUGUGAUGAAAACAUAUCAAAUAUGGCCUCAAAUCUCUGAUGUGUUUACAUUUGAACAUUAUAAUACAUUUUUUAUAAAUUAUUUCUUUUUGUACAAUACAAAAGAUCGGGUGAUUUUAUUGCUCAUAAAGUUUUGGGAAACCGGCUCUAAGCUGCAAUAAUGCACUAUAAUUAUAUACAAUAUGUGAAGUGUAUGUGCUUGUCACAAGUGUAUUACCAAGGAUGGCAGUGAUCAGACUAAUAACAAAUCAUUACACAGUACAUUAAUAUGCAGAGAGCCUUUAGCAGGGAGAGUUUGGUCAGUUUUCAGUAUGAACGGUGAAAAAAGAAUAACUCUGUAGUUAAAAUCAAUUCACAAUCACUUUUUGUACAAUUAUUUCAAAACAUGAGAGAUUAUUUUUUUAAUCUGUUUUGUACAUUUGUAGGUACAGUGUGUGGUAGCUAUGAAGUCAUACCACAGGGAAUCCUGGGAGUACCCCAGCUGUGCCUUUUAUUGACCCAUAAACGUGGAAGCGGCAAGGCGUCUGGGAAAUGUAGGCCUGUGUGUUUUACCUCAGUAGCCCAUGAGAAGCUCAGCUAACUUCCAGUGAUGUGUGCAGUCUUCUUGGAAACCCUGUACUGUAUAUACUCUCAAGUUACCAUGAAAUCCAGGAAAUUAAAUUAUUCCCUCUGCCUUUCUUUCAAAACAUCAGACCCAAGGCAGGUUCAAGAAUUAGGGGUUAUUAGACAGUCACUUGCCAAAAAAGACAUUAUGCAAUAACAAAGAGCUGUUGCAGACAUAUGCACAUGUACGCAGGUAUACACACAUAUGAAUCAGUUCCCAUGAAUCUCACCCACUGGCUUCUGAAUGAAUAAGUUAUGAUCAUUAUCACCAAAGGAAACACCAAUAAUAAGAGACGUUGUCUGCCUAAUUUUGUCUCUUUGCCGCCUAUCGCUCAGUUUAUUCUUAAAUCACUUUAGUUUGAUGAAGCCAUCACAGAAGCACAAUGAAAUUGGCAUUAUUAACUGGUGUGUCAACUCAGCCUGCAUAUCUGUAUGUCUGUCCCAUUUGUCUGAUGCUCUCAUUGGCCCACUGCCUGCCUGUUUCUCUUUAACCUUGUCUACUGCAUCAUGGCUCAUUUCCCAGACAAUCAAGUCGUCCCUGGAAAAGAUUAUUGUAAAUUUCAGAAUUUCAUGGAUAAUAGCGACUAUUUCUUUCUAUUCACUGUCUCCAGCGGUGCAUUUUGCUGAUAAAAGGCAACUGCCACUAUUUUAAUCUCUCUCAAUAACUGCUUAUAGAACGUCCUAUAAGCUUUAAUUAUUCCUGGUCCAUCAUGUCUAACUGCUGCAUUCACCAAAUUCUGCAACCACUCCUGUGUUCCUUAUAUUUGCCUGACAAUCUAUCUAGCAAAGCUCUUGCGUUUCAGUCUUUGAAUGUAUAAUAUUUGGGGCGUGUGUCACAUUACGCCUUCUACAUGUAAGUAGAGUGAAGGAAAUUUGGUUCUGGGCAAUUUAAAUGUAUAUGGGCUUAAGUAAUUUGGAGCUUUGGCCCAGUGUGUGUCAUUUGAAACCAGAUAGUGCCUCACACAGCCUGUCACAGCUAUUUUUUAACUCUGUUGAGAAUGUGAAAGAAUAUCGGUUUUACAUUGUGGGAUGCCGUUUUCCAAAAUAUGUUAAGUGUAACAGCACUCUUAUUGCAUUCAAAGAUACUUUUGGUAAUCCCGGCAAACCCAAGAACCCUGAACAGCCAGUGUUUCUCAAACCAGCACACCAUGGCACACUUAUUAAAUUUCCAAAGUAAAACAAACAUUACAUUGAGUUAAAGUGAAUUAAAUUAACCUCUGACCACCUCCCCUCAGAGCUAAUGCAGUUUCCCUCUUAAACUGUCUUAAUGUCUUGGCCUUCUCCUCUCAUAUGACCACACUGAGCUUCAGGUGACAUUUCCAAACAAUCACUGAAUAGUUGUGCCUUUUACAGAUGGCGAGCAUGUGCCACGGCCUAAUGAAGAUUGAGAACCACUGGCGAUACAGAUUUGUAAAUGCUUUUGUGAAGCCCAGAUAUGAAUAAAUGUUGGGGGAGUGGUUCACCAACACUGAUCGAAGCCUUUAAGGUUGAGACUGAUCCUCUGUGUAGAAAUCUUGUUGUCUUGAUGAUGUCAUCAAUGUAUUAUAAAGAAAUUGCUAAUUUAUCCUUGUAAAAAAAUGACAAAAAUUGUAAAACUUGUUUGUUAUUUAAAAUACUUUUGUAUCAGAAGAUGAUAAAUAAAAACUUUUUGGUUUCCAAUA